AUGAACCAGAUUUUCUAUCCUCUGACUUAAGUCUAUAGAACCUCAGCCAGACAAAUUAAUAAAGUGAUUUACUAUGGCAAUCCCUUACCAGAAAUAAAACUAAAAUCUAACGAUUUAAAAUAAUCCAUAUUUGAUUGGUUGAGACAACUAAAUUAGGAACAAUUGGACGAUGUGCUCUCCUUUACAUCCUACUUUAGAGUUUAUUCAUAUCUUAAAAUGUUCAAGAUAGAUCAAAAUGGGGUGCAUGAAUAUUAGGAAUUAUUAUGUAGUCCUUUUGAAGUUAAUGUUGCUGAGGAACUCAGUAGAUAUUAUUCUAUUUAAAAUUGUAAGCGUUUAAAUAAGAUUGAUUUAAAUGCACAUAAGUACAUCCUAGAUCACAUCUAUGUGUCUGAUUAUGAAUGGUUAUUUGAUACCAUUACAUUAAGAGGGGAUGUUGAACAAAUUAUAACUUCAUUUGAAGAAGUAUCAAAUGGCACCAUAUUUACAAGUUGGGGAGAAUUGGAAUCUCAUGAGGAUGAAGGAUAUUAUGAAAUCAACCUAAAAAAACAGAAGGUCUAUUAGACAUUUUCUGAAUUACUGGUUGAAGAAUUUGAAAUUGCUAUUCUAUUAAAAUAUCGCCAAGCUUGUGGAGGUGGUGAUAAUUACACUUAUGACAAAAAUUUGUUAAAUUUGAAUCAUGUUAGAUUUAAUUAUUUAUCUCUGAACUUAAAUUAGUCUUUUCUUGAAUUUAAAUAAUUAUUUGCUCAACAAUCAAACUAGAAGUAAUCAAUUUCUGAACUUAAUCUAAUUUAAUCAUGGACAGACUUUAUCAAAUCAAAUCCCCUGUAACUCUAAACCCUUUGCUAAGAAGUCUAAUACUAUUUUAAUCAACCUAAAGAGUUGUUUUCAGUACCUCUCAAGUAAGUUCUUAAUGAAUAUGUUCUAUUCUGUAAAUUUUUGAUUUCCAGGCAAUUACUCAAAGAAUUUCCAUUAAACUAAGCAUAAGAGAUCAAAAGAGUCAAACAAAAAUAGGACAAGCAAACAUAACAGAAAUUGUAGGAACUUAACAUUUUAUUCAACAACCCUUUAAAAUCUCAAAUAUUACCUGCAAAUGACCAAAGAUUAUUUAGCACAAACGAUGAGGAAAUAGAAAAUAUAUUUUAUGACUUCACUACAUCUUUUAUGAAGAAACUUAUGGAGGAUACAUUUUUAGAAUUGGAAAAUCAGAAAAAAUUCAAAAAAUAAAAAUAGAAAAAGGCCAAAAGUCAAAAAAAACAAUAUAUGAGUGAAUGCACAUCAAAUUGCACUGAGUAUUAAUAGUUACAAUAACAGUAAGAAAUUCAAUUUGAUGAAGAAUGGAUUAAUGAUACAUAAUCAAAGAAUCAAAAGAAAAAACAAAGAAGAAAAGAAAAUCAAGAAAAGAAGAAACUAAAAAAACUACCUGAAAUAUAGUCGGUAGAAUCAAGUGAAAGUGUUUAAAAUUAAUAAUUUGAACCUUCAGUUAAAAUAGAAAAUCAAAAGCAAGUAGAAAUUUAAGAAUAAGUUUAAGAGACAUUUCUUUGUACUACUACCUCUACUCAUGAUGAUGAUGGGGAAUUUAUUGAAGUGACCAAAAAGAAAUUUAAUGGGAAAAAAAAGAAAUAAAAUAAUAAAAAAGCUAAAGAAUAAAAAGAGGUUCAAGUUGAAAAACAAGUAAUCUUAAUUAAGAAAUCCAAUUCUUCAUAACAAAAUUAUUUAUCUGACGAUUACAAAAUGGAAAAUUCUACACCAACGAAAACUCUUUCUUAUAAAAAAGAAUAAGAAAAUACUCCUCAGAAACCAGGAUUGGUAAAGAGUUUAAGCAGAGAAUAAAAAACUUAUAAAUAUGAUUUGGAUCAAAAUACUCUCAAUCAUAUAUGCUCAAACAUUUUGGAACAUAAACUAUCAAGGGAUAUUUAAUCAAUAUAUUAAAAAGAAUAAGAUAAUCUAUUCAAAUUUAGAACUGCAAGAGAAGUUGCCAUUCUAAGAGUAUAACAUAUUAUUAAGGCCCAUUUCUUUUAAUUUUAAGUUGAGCCUGUGAUUUUUGGUUCUUCAAGAACAGGGUUGGCGCUGCAUGAUAGCGAUGUUGAUAUGGUCGUUUUUGGGUUGCCUGUGUUUACAAAACCAUAACUUUUUGAGCCUAUGAGAAAGCUGUUGGAAGUUUUCUGCUAAAUGAAGUGGGCUAUUAGUUACAAACACAUCUUUCAAGCAAGUAUACCUUUGAUUAAAAUAACAAUUGAUCCGUCUAUAGGGUUUUUAGAAUUUGUAGGUAACCCACUCUAUUAUGUGAUGAAUCAUAGAAAUAUUGAGUAAAUGAAUUUGAAAAUCGGAGAAUAAUCUUAAAACAUAUAAAUUGACAUAACUUUUGAAUUGUAGCAACCAUACCCUAUGUAUGGAUAUCAGGGAUACCAUGUUGGACUUCUAUCAACAGAUUACCAACGGUAAGUUGGGAUUUCAGUAAAAGGAUUCACAGAAGUAGCCAUAGUGUUGAAGAAGAUCUUAAAAUAAAGAGGGUUGAAUGACUCUUACACUGGAGGAGUGAGUUCUUUUUGUUUGACUAUAAUGUUAGCUGCCAUAGGGGAGAAUGUCUCAAUGGGAGAUAAAUUGUUGUCCUUUUUGUAAAGAUAUGGGUGGAAUUUCGAUCCUGAAUAAUAAUGCAUUUCAUUACAUUCAGAUGAGACCUUUAUGCCUAUUUAGGAAUAAGGAGAUCGAUUGCCGUUGAAUAUCAUUUCACCUAUCAAUGAUGAGAAAAUUCAGAUCUAUGUCUCAAAGAUAUAAGAAAUUCUACAAGUAUUCAAGGAACUUUAUUUGGAACUGAAGGAGAACAUGAAUCAAAUAGCAAUAGGUCUGUAAAAGAAAUUGGAUUAGAAGGAACUGUUAUAAUUACAUUAAACAAAUAUCGAGAAGCUUGUCGAUCUGAUCUAGUGGCAGAAUACAAAUCUUCUUGAUAGUUAAUUCUGA